AGGGGCGGUAACUGUGCAGGGUACGGUACCUAUAUAGGCCCUCUGCGUCAAAAACAUUAUAACGAUCUACUGCUGCUAAUUAUGCUGAGCAUGAGAUGAGGAGAUCACUAUAUUCUGUUCAAACAUCUAGGCUGUUUCCACUGUGGCUUGACACACACUGCAUCUGUCAUGGAUUCAAGAUCAAAUACUCGAAGAGAACGUACAUUCCAGUAUGAUGAGGACCUGCCUCCGCUCCCUGUUCCAUCACUACAACAAACACUACAUAAAUAUCUACAAUCAGUUAAGCCCUUUCUUUCAGAAGAAGAACUUCAUGAAACAGAGGGCAUUGUGGGAGAGUUUGCUCAUGGUGUUGGCAAGACGUUACAUGCCAAACUUGUGGACAGGUCUGAAAAGAGGAAAAAUUGGCUGGAGCAAUGGUGGGAGGAGAAGGCCUACUUAGAGACACGUCUACCUCUAGGGGUGCUACAGAACCCCUCUGGACCCAUCCCGGCCCAGGAGUCCAUGUGGCCCCCUAGGGAGGGGACCCAGCUAGAGAGGGGCGCUAUCUGCCUCUGGCAUCUACUCAGCUUCUACCAACUUGUCAGAAAAGAAAUGUUACCUGUGGAUAAGAACCGUGCUGGGACCCAGAUAUUCUCCAUGAAUCAGUUCAGAGGCAUGUUCCACAGCUGCAGGGAACCAGGACUAGAGAAGGACACCCUCUACAGGUACUUCAAGACAGAACGGGAGGGUCCGUGUCCAACGCAUGUCCAUGUGAUGUGUAACGGUCAUAUCUUCAAGAUGACAGUCUUUGAUCGGAACGGUCAGCUACUGACUGCUGCAGAGAUUUACAGGCAAAUGUCAUACAUCAAGGAUAUGAGCAGGGAAAGAGGACAGUGUGUUGGUGCACUCACUGGUGACGACAGGCCCACGUAUGCAAAAGCCUUUGAGCAUCUGGUAUCACUAGACCCCGCAAACAGAGCCCACAUUGAGACCAUCAAAAGCAGCAUCGUAGGCUGUAUCAUGGACGAUGGCCAUCCAACAACAAUGGCUGGGACCUGUGCGCAUGGUAUAGCAGGACCAUCACCCCAUAAUCGAUGGUUUGACAAAGGCUACUCCACCAUCAUCACCUCCAAUGGAUGUGCCUGCUCAAAUUUAGAUCAUGCUCCGUUCGAUGGCAUGGUGGUUGUAGCUUUGUCAAUGUACAUUCAUCAUCGAAUGCUGAAGGAUGGAGGGGACAUGCCUGGUAAGCCUACAGUCCGACCUGACAUUCCCAUGCCGAUAGAAAUGAUCUUCACGGUUGACCAGAGGGUUCGGGAUGACAUUCAGCAUGCUACAGAGACUUAUCACAAACUGGCUUCUACUUUUGAUAUAGUAUGUAGUUCGUACUACCAGUAUGGCAAAGACUUCAUGAAGAAACACAAGAUGCAUCCAGAUGCAACCAUACAGCUCGCUCUCCAACUGGCCUAUUAUACAGCAACUGGGAAACCUGGUGCAGCAUAUGAAACGGCAACAACUCGUCAAUUCUACCAUGGACGAACAGACACAAUGAGAUCUUGUUCCAUGGAAGCUAUUGAUUGGUGCAAAGCUAUGCUGGAUAGUCGGGCAGAUCCCACACACCAGCUAUCUCUUCUGAGGAGAGCCCACGAUAAGCAUAACACACUGAUGGCCGAAGCAGCCAGCGGUCAAGGCAUUGACCGCCAUCUUCUUGGACUCUACAUCCUGUCUCAAGAAAUGGGGUUGCCGGUACCAGACCUGUUCACAGACAAGGCUUAUACCCUCAGCGGAGGAGGAGGUAACUUUCCAUUGUCUACCAGUACACUCGGUUACACCCCCAUCCUAGGGUCUAUAGCACCCAUGAGGAACGAUGGAUACAUGUGCUGCUACAGGAUCGGCAAGGAGGAGCUUCAGUUCACUGUGAGUGCCUUCAAGAACUGUGCGGAGACCGACGCCUACCAGCUGUUUCACGAGAUCACCUUAGCUCUCAACAAGAUUGGAAACCUACUCCUUUCUGCCAAACUCUAAGAUCAUCUGCAUUAGGACUGCUGGUUAGGUAUUUACUCAUCACAUUAUCCAUGUAUUUGACUAAAGCACAAAAGACUCUCUGCCAACCAGGGGGAGGGGAAAACAGGUGGUAAAUUUUAAUUUUUACCUUUUUUUAAUCAAGAACUGUUCGGAGACCGACGCCCACCAGCUGUUCCAUGAA